AGGUGGGUCGCCGCGGCGCCAGGGAGGCCGGCGCCCAGCGCACCUUCGUCGUCAUGCGGCAUCUGCGUUACGGCAUGCGCCACCCCGAGGACGCUUGGCAGUACUUCGAUCUCAAGGGCGUGGGCGGCGACCGGAAGGCGGCGCUGAGCGCCUCGCCCGCGAGCGGCGGCCGGCGCGUGCGCGUGGCGUCGGAGCCGCAGGGCGAGGAGGCCGCCUCGCAGAGGGUCUACUGGGACAGCGAGUUCCUGCAGCUCCUCGGCGGGCGCAAGAUUCCGCUGACGCCCGCAACCACAAGGCGCUGAUGGGUGCCCUCGAGGAGGACACGAAGGUGCUGGAGGAGAUGGGGGUGGUGGACUACUCCAUGCUGCUGGCGCGGCGGCCCCCGCCUGAGGGCAGCCGGCGCGGCAAGCUGCGCCUGUGCCUGAUCGACUACCUGCAGCCGUACUCGCUCAACAAAAAGCUGGAGUCGGUGUGCAAGAAAGUCGUGCUUGGGCGCUCCAACCCCACCAUAGUGUGCCCGACGGAUUACCGGCGGCGCUUCCUGAACUUCCUUCUGCAGGCGUUCGAGGUGGAGGCCGCCGGAAGCCAUCCUUGUUCUCCCCCUUGGGGGCGG